GUUGUUGGAGCGCCCCGCAGCAGACUUGUCAACCAGGAGACGAAUUUCUAGGAAGAUGCAGCAACAGCGUGUUUGGAGAUAAACCUUCCUGUACAGAGCUGAACCUGGGCUACUGUAAUGACAUGGAGUACUCUAGAACCAUAUUUCCCAACAUCCUUGGCCACCGGAGUCGCCUGGACGCAGAGUCAGGGGCAGAGUACCUCUUGCUGAGCGUCAUCCAUGGCCUGCUCAACGGGGAAUGCUCCCCUGAGAUUCGCCUCCUCGGCUGCUCGGUUCUUGCCUCGCCCUGCCAGGAUGACAAGAUGAUCAAACCCUGCCGCAGCACAUGCGAUGCACUGAGGAGGGACUGUGCCCAUGCCUUUGAAGCCAUCGAAAUGGCCUGGCCCUACUUCCUAGAUUGUGAUCGUUUCUUUGCCAGUAAUGAGGAGGGCUGCUUUGACCCGCUGGCAGGGCUGAAAGGUAAAAGUCACACUGUUGUUGUCCUUUCACCUGAAGAACCCAGCACCAUCAUUCAGUUCACAUACACCUCCAACACCCAGAUGUACAGCUUGCUGAAGAGAACAGCAGCCAAGUGCGCCCAAAUCUCUCGUGUCUAUAGCAUUGGGCGCAGCACAGAAGGCAGGGAUCUACUGGUUAUUGAGUUCAGCAACAACCCAGGACAGCACGAGCUAUUGGAGCCAGAGAUCAAGUUGGUAGCUAACAUGCAUGGCAACGAGGUGCUGGGCCGCCAGCUGGUGAUCUACAUGGCCCAGUACUUGUGUUCAGAGUACAUUCUGGGGAACCAACGAAUUCAGACCAUCAUCAACACCACCCGGAUUCAUAUUCUGGCCUCCAUGAAUCCAGAUGGCUAUGAGCUGGCUGCCUCAGAGGGUCACUUGUUGAACGGUUGGACCAACGGACGGACCAACGCUCAGAAUAUUGACCUCAACCGCAAUUUUCCGGACCUAACUUCCAUUUUCUACCGGAACCGCCGCAGCAGGCACUACCGCAUUGACCACGUGGCAAUACCUGACGCCUACUGGUUUGGCAAGGUGGCACCAGAGACCUAUGCCGUGAUGAAGUGGAUCAGGUCACUGCCCUUCGUUCAGUCCGCCAGCCUUCACGGAGGGGAUCUGGUGGUCUCCUAUCCCUUUGACUUCUCUAGACACCCACAGGAGGAGAGGAUGUUCUCCCCCACACCUGAUGAACAGAUCCUCAAGCAGCUGGCUCGUACCUAUGCAGACGCCCACGCCACCAUGUCAAACAAUGACACAGAGAGGUGUGGAGCCUCCUUUUACCGAACUAGGGGCAUCAUCAAUGGGGCAUUGUGGUACAGUUUCGCUGGUGGUAUGUCAGACUUCAACUAUUUGCACACUAAUUGUCUGGAGAUCACCGUGGAGCUCGGCUGUGACAAGUUCCCAUCGGAGGCCGAGCUUUACCCAGAAUGGAAGAGGAACAAGGAACCUCUGCUCAGUUUUAUAGAGUCUGUCCAUCGAGGGAUAAAGGGAGUCGUUCAGGAUGUUGGUGGAAAUGGAAUAAAAGGUGCAACUAUCUCCGUCAGGGGGAUAAGAAAAGAUGUCACCACAGCUGAAGAUGGAGACUACUGGAGGCUGCUGAAUCCCGGCACUCACAUCCUGACAGCCACAGCUAAGGGUUACUCCAGGGUCAGUAAGAGGGUGUAUCUGCCUCACAACAUGGAUAAGGCUGGACGUGUCGACUUUGUCUUGGAGAAGAUUCCCAUAGAGCCGGAUAUCGACGACCAUCUCUUCCCCACAGUAGACACAUGGGAUCGAUUCGACCCAUACAACCAGUUUGAGCGCUACAGCGAGCCAGACGUAAGUGAGGGAGGGCUAGAGCGGCAGGAAAAACCAUGGUGGUGGACCUACUUCUCCCAGUCUGGCAUCUCACCUCCACACUGGCUGCUGCGAAGUGUCUAAACACAUUACAGGACAAUAAAGAUCUGAGCAUACCGCUGCGAGACUGGCGAUGGACGGUCCCACAUCCAAUCCCACUGGUGCUUUCAUAAGCUGGAGCAGUCACACUAAAAUCCGUAGUAGGCCUACCUAAAUAGGUUUCAGUGCUUUCUGGAUGUGAAUAUGCAUUUCUUUACACUAAGCAAUAGAUUUCACUCUGAUCUGUCAGACAGAUUUGGCCAAUAUGGCUUUGCAGUUGCAUUUAAUUUGUUUUAGUAAAUAUGUAACCACUGGGAAAUAAAGGAUUUAUUGAUGCCUCAAUUAUGCAACUUUUUAAAAUGUUUAGAGUCCAAAAUAAGUGUGGGUCUAUGAACUAGUUUGAAUAUAGUGAUACUAUCAUAUGAGAUGGCAGCUGCAAAAAGUGUCUUGUGCAAAACAUUUUUAGUUUGAGUUGGAUACACAUUUCAUGCCAUUUUUAUUAUUAUUACAUUUAUGUUUUAGCUACAGUUAAUACAUUAUAUGGGGCAUGAGUGUAACAGUCAACAUUUUCUGGACCUUAAACUGCACCAAAUAUUGAGCACUACAUUUAAACUUGGAUGAGCAGCAAUACUGUGCCAAUUGUGAAUAGUAUAACUUCUUGCUUUGUUCUUC